AUGCUGCGAGCAUUGUGGAGUGUGCCCAUGGUGACUUUGGGAGAGUUUGACUCUCUUGAGGGGCCAAAGGCGAUAUGUGUAUCAGAAUAUUACGCUUAUCAAGAAAUAGAUGCUUUUGGUCCCCAAUUAUUGGAGCUUUCUGCACUGCAUGGGAAAAUUCUAUUUAGCGCUCGAGUGGCUAGUGGACCGUUGUGCUCAGAUUAUAAGGAGCGGAUGAAAGCGGUUGUGGCACGCGUUCUUGCUUCCAACGAAUCAACUGAAGAAUCUGUAAUUAUGUUGGAUCCAAUAGCAGGUGGGAUUGCUAGUGUGUCAUUUUGCUUGUCAGAUAUACUUGCACGUGGUGAAAAAAGGCGUUUUUGUGUGAUAGUGACGCAUCCUCAAAGUGAUGAGCUUGUACGUCAAUGGCCAGUGCUUUCAUGCUUCCUAAAAAAAUUAUUGGAGGAUUGGGUUGCCACAGCGAAAAAGCGCUUGACUUUUGAGUAUUCUACGUUUCCUGAUUUGGAGAGACGGCGCGAGGAGGCACGCAAGUGCCCAAUGCGAUCCUUGAUGACCUUGUUGGCUCGGAAUAUGGAAUCGGAGGAUUCAGUGUUUAGACGCGUACACGUUUUUUUUGAGUGUGCGCUUCCUCGUGUGUUUGGCGGUGAACCGUUGAGACUUAGUGGAUGCAUCUCAGAGACUUUGAUGAUGAACUUGGUGAGGCAGCACCUUGAAAAGGAGCUUCAUUUAGUAAGUAUUGUUGACGUCGAUUUAGAGUGCCAUCAUGAAGAAGGAAGAUAUAUUUCAGUGGGUAACGGAAAGUUACUUACAGCUGGUCGACCUCCAAUAGUAAAACCUCUUUCUGUGUGGCUUCUCCAGUUUGUUCAGAACUCGGCUACUGGAUUACAAGAAACUGAGCGGCUUCUUCUUGCACUUUUCAGUGGAAACCAAAUUCUGAUUUAUGGGGAGGAUAGUCUCCAUUGCGCUAAUCUGGCACUUUCCUUGUCACAAGUACUACCAAGACCUUUGAGGCGCGUCACGAUUUUUGCGGAAGAGUAUGUUAUGCCAUAUGAAAGCAGAAUUGUUAGUUUUAAUCAGCGUCUCUGCGAGAGAUAUCAAGUCGACAAUGCACACAUACUUGAAGAUGAAUUUCUAGAGUCAGAUAUUGUGUGUGUAAACACCAGUUGCAGAGGCUGUAUACUUUCCGUUAACAAGUGUGAUGAGCUGUCGCAUCCACGCGCUGUUGCUAAAAAUAAUCGGUCGUCAAAGAUAAAAAAUACAUUGCCUCCACAAAUAGUGUCACGGAUCACCGAUUUGUUCCGUUCGCAACGCUCUGCUAACGUCACCGUGCAUACAUGUAAGGUGCUUCAAUUUCGCCUUGAGCAACUUGUGAAUGAGUACGUCAUGCGUGGUCGGGUAUACAGCAGAUUGUUCCAAGAACAUGAACUGAAGUGCAACCAAAGGGUAUUGGGAUUAGCCAAAUCGGAUGUUUCUGGUCAGUCACGAUUCGGUGGCUUGGGUAGCGCAGUGCGGAAUUUGUUUACUGGAUACGUGUUGCAGACUGAAAACCGUGAUUCAGCCUCAUCUUCUACUACUGAAUACGGGUGUAUCACCAAGGGUAACACUGCCUCCUUUUUGAAACUUCUGAAGGAAAGUGGCUUGGAUUUGUGGGUGACGUCGAGCACCGAUCAUGAUGCACUUCUCUUCCUUGGAAGCGCAUCAUGCAUGCUGUAA